AUGGCGUUAUCCGCAUUUCGCACGGCGAUUUGGAUUCCUUAUCCAACCGCCAAUCCCGGCCACGGAUUCUGGGGAGAGCAGACGUCAACGCUCAACUUCUGCGAAGAGGACUAUGCAUUGUCGUCAUACUGCGCCGAGUUUUGCAAUACAGUUACAAAUGCAAUCUUCAUGUGGCUUGGAGUAAGAGGGAUCAUAAACUGCGUACAGCAGGGACACCCUUCAAUCUUCCUGAUUUCUUAUAUCGGGUACAUGGUCGUCGGGUUAGGAUCCAUCCUCUUUCACACGACACUGAAAUCAGCCCAGGUUUAUUAUCACAUCACCAAGGAUCCCAUCUUCCACCAAACCGCUUAUGCUGCACUUACGGCAACUAUUGUUUUCCGAAGCAUGUGGGUAAUGGAGUCGCAGUUGCGACCUGUAUUGAGUGCCCGCGAUCCAGAAAAGGCGUCCUACGUGCUCAAUACAAUGUGGACUAUGGUGGCUACUGGCCUCAGCAUUUUCCUUGGAGGCUUCCUAAUCUGGAAUCUCGACAAUGUUUUCUGUUCCCAAGUGCGACAAUGGAGACACGCAGUUGGCCUUCCCUGGGCCGUCCUGCUGGAGGGCCACGCUUGGUGGCACCUGAUGACAGGGUUAGCAUCCCGACAGACUCCAAAUGCAUAUAGCGCCAACAGCCCCCUAACAAUGGCUUCUCCGUCCCCCCAAGGGCGCAGCUUCACCGUUCGCGGUGUGGCUGCCGGCCUUGCUGUUGGCACCAUCAUAUGCGCCGCCAACAUGUACUUUGGCCUGCAGACAGGCUGGGUCUCCAUCAUGUCGAUGCCGUCGAGUCUCAUGGGAUUUGCCGUCUUCAAGCUGCUCAAGCCUCACUUGCGCUUCCCGUUCAGUCCGGUGGAGAAUGUGUUGGUUCAGAGCGUUGCCGGCGGCAUGGCCAUUAUGCCCCUUGGGUGUGGCUUUGUCGGAGUUAUUCCCGCGAUGAACUACUUAUUAGAACCUAAUGAGCAAGGGCCCUUAUCACUGAGCACAUGGCAGCUCAUCAUAUGGUCGCUGGGUCUUUGCUAUUUUGGCGUCGUCUUUGCCGUCCCCUUCGGCUUCAGCACCGCAGUGCUCAUCCGCGUUCUCCACAGUCGAGGGCAAAAGUCUUCUCCCCAAGAGCUAGAUGCCGCCACUAAAGGCGGAUUCGCCAGUCUUGCAGCCAAAGAUGAUGAAUCCGCACUGGUAGAAGACGCUGAAGAGGAAGAGGGAGAACCAGAAGUCUCAAAGGACUUGGACUGGGCGUACAACAUGAGGCUUUUGCUCCUCAGUUUCCUUGUUUCCGGCAUCUUCACCAUUUGCAACUAUUUCUUGCCUAUUUUGAGAGACCUCCCGGUAUUCGGCACCGUCGCCGCCUCUACUUGGCUUUGGACCUUGAACCCAAGUCUUGCGUAUGUGGGACAAGGCAUCAUCAUGGGGACCGAGACAACGCUCCACAUGACGCUCGGCGCAAUUAUUGGCUGGGGCGUUCUUAGCCCGCUGGCCAAGGUGAAGGGCUGGGCUCCUGGGCCGGUAGAUGAUUGGGAAAACGGUAGUAAAGGCUGGAUCGUCUGGGUGUCGUUGGCUAUUAUGCUUGUUGACGCUGUUGUCAGUCUAGCCUAUAUUGCCCUCCGCCCCGUUUUCACCACCCAUGCUCUUCCAGCCCUGGCAGUAUUACAGCGCCGUUUUCGACACAGCAGGAUUGCCUCUUUGUUUAGAACCUCUCAUCAAUAUUCUCCCAUUCCCAGUGAAGCUCAAGAGGAAGAAGAACAAGAACAUGGUGGUGAAGAUGACCAAACUUCUCCUGCCCAGGCAGAGGAUCGUGGACUGGACGAUGCCCCGACUGACCAACAGAUUCACAACAAAGUUGUUUUCUGGGGGCUUCUCGCAUCUAUAUUGGUCUGCGUCCUGUCUACACAAAUCGUGUUUGGCCAUCUGGUGCCUCUUUACGCGAUUGUCAUUGCUGUGCUCAUGGCCCUGGUCUUGAGUAUCAUGGGCGUCAGGGCCCUUGGAGAAACCGACCUCAACCCAGUGUCUGGCAUUAGCAAGCUUGCACAGUUGUUCUUUGCUUUAAUUAUCCCGCAGUCUAACAAAUCGAGCGUUCUUAUCAAUCUAGUCGCUGGUGCCAUUUCGGAAGCUGGCGCAUUGCAAGCGGGUGACCUAAUGCAAGAUUUGAAGACUGGCCAUCUUCUUGGAGCUGCCCCCAAAGCACAAUUCUGGGGACAACUCAUAGGCGCUACUUUUGGUGCUGUGUUCUCUGCCUUCGCAUAUCGCAUUUACACAGCGGUGUACGAGAUCCCCGGCAAACUUUUCCAGGUUCCAACAGCCUACGUCUGGAUAUUCACGGCUAGGCUUGUGACCGGGCAAGGAUUGCCAUAUAUGGCCAAGGAAUGGGCAACCGGUGCUGGAGUUCUCUUUGCCGUGACCACUCUUGCGCGGACCCUGUCUGUUGGGAGGCCAUGGCGCUCUUGGAUACCGGGAGGCAUUGCUGUAGCAGUCGGCAUGUACAACGUGCCCUCAUUUACGCUGGCCCGAGCCAUUGGGGGUAUUGUUAGCUGGUAUUGGCUCAGCGUACGAAAACAGUCAACUACGCCUUUAAUCAUCAUUGCAUCGGGUUUCAUCCUGGGAGAAGGGUUUCUAAGCAUUGUGAAUCUAUGGCUACAAGCGCUAAAGGUGCCUCACUAUUAG